AUGGCUUCUUUUUCCUGUGCGUCGCGGCAUCUGAUGCCUCGCGUUGGUCUUCCCUGCAAGCAUCUUACACACAAUACCGCCGUUCAUUCUUCUCUACAACUCAAGGCAAGCUCAUCAAGAUGUAUGGACAGCUCGCGCAGCAUCAGCAGUCUGACGGAGCUGCUGAGCGGCAGGAGAAAAAAAUCAGCUUUGAAUUACCCUCCUCAUCCAGGAGAUGAAGUGGAUGCACAAAGGCCGCUAGCCCCUGACCCCUAUGACAGCACGUACAAAUUGCCUCAAGGGGCUCCUGACGCUCGCAGCCUCUCUAGAGAGCGAUUUCAUCAGUUCAUGCACGGCAAGCCGCAGCGUUUCUCAAAGGAGCUGAAGGUAACCGUCAUGGGCUGUACGUUGGCGGGCUUCGGGGUUGGGGUGACGUGGCUUACUGCGUACAUCAUGCGGCCUGAUGACUUUGAAUGGGUUGAAGAAGAACGAAGACGAAUACAGGAGGCGAAAGAAAGAAUACAGCAGAAGAUUGAAAGGGCAGAAAAGAUGCAAAAUCAUAAUGCUUAA